AUGGCCACCUGGAAGCGGUCGCAAGAGCGACCAGCAGAGGCACCCUCGCGGCGGCCGGCAGAAUGCAGUGGUGCUACGCCGUGCGCUCCUGUCGGUGACACCCUGCCUUCUCCCCGCCGGACGGCUGUUGGUCUGCACCGCACAGAGAAGAAUGGAGGGCUUGCGAUGGAGAAUGACGAGGAGGGGUGCACCCCCCAACCAUCGAUGUCGGAGAUAGCUGCCCGCGAGGAAAACAGCAUGCCCAAGAGCCCCGAUGCAGCGGACGAGAGCGAGGGAAGCGGUGAUGGCGAUGGCGGGAACUUGAUCUGGUGGAUCGGGACUCCUUCCAGCGCGGUCGAUGCGAGGCCGGAGCUGACCGGCGGUGGCUGCUGCAGCGGAGCGCCGGGCGCGGCGGAGGCCGCCAGGAGUGGCGGCUGCCACUGCAGCCAGGGCGAGGUGUUGGUGGCGGUGGAUGGCAGCUGCAGCGGCUGCUGCAGCGGCCCGGCGAGCGCGGCGGGGACGCCCUGGGACAGCAGCAGCUGCUGCUAUGGCGGAGCACCUGAGGCCGCCAGGAGCGGCGGCUGCCACUGCAGCCAGGGCGGGGCGGUGGUGGCGGUGGACGGCAGCCACGGCGGCGCGGUGGCGGCGAUGGGCGGCGCAGCCGGGUGCGGCCCGUAG